UCUCUCUCUCUCUCUCUCUCUCUCACACACACACACACACACACACACACACGCACGCUCAUCAUACACGGAGCAUCCUGCAACGGCGCUGACAACCACUCACAGCACAGAUUUUACAUCUAAACCAGUCCGGACGAUUAAAAAAGUGUUCGGUUCAACAGUAGAGGAGAAACCAGUGGGGAUUUAUGCACAGAUCCUGCGGCGUAUCCAGAACGGGACAAACGAAUCAGCAAAACGUGAUCGUGCGGUCUGAUGCAGAGAUCUGUUCUGAUCUGAUCUGAUCAUCUCCAGCCUGGGGAACACCGAUAUUUCAGAUUUUCUUAGGAUUCGAUUGACAAAUGCUUCAACACAACUGUGCAGAUCAUCAGCUGUGGCACUGAACUCAGAAGCAACCUCGCUCACACACUUCCAGGAGGAGGAUGUUGAUGAAGGAAUACAGAAUAUGCAUGCCACUCACCGUGGAAGAGUACAAGAUUGGACAGCUGUAUAUGAUCAGCAAACACAGCCACGAGCAGAGCGAGCGAGGCGAGGGCGUGGAGGUGGUGCAGAACGAGCCGUAUGAGGACCCCACAUACGGUGCUGGACAGUUCACAGAGAAACGCGUCUAUCUCAACAACAAGCUGCCAAGCUGGGCACGAGCAGUUGUUCCCAAGAUCUUCUAUGUAACGGAGAAGGCAUGGAACUAUUACCCCUACACAAUCACUGAGUACACUUGUUCUUUCUUGCCAAAGUUUUCCAUUCACAUAGAGACGAAAUAUGAGGACAACAACGGCAGCAAUGACAAUAUCUUUGAUGAGCCCAGAGAUGAGGACACUGAGGUGUGUUUCGUUGACAUUGCAUAUGAUGAAAUCCCAGAGCGCUACUACAAAGAAUCUGAGGACCUGCGCUACUUUAAGUCAGAGAAGACGGCCCGGGGUUUGCUGCCGGAGGGCUGGAGAGACACUCAGGACCCCAUCAUGUGCUCUUAUAAGCUGGUGACGGUGAAGUUCGAGGUGUGGGGCCUGCAGACACGUGUGGAGCAGUUUGUUCACAAGGUGAUAAGGGAUGUGUUGUCACUAGGUCACAGACAGGCCUUUGCCUGGGUGGACGAGUGGAUUGACAUGACAAUGGAGGAGGUGAGAGAGUACGAGCGUGCCACACAGGAAGCCACCAAUAAGAAGCUAGGCACAUUUCCCCCAGCCAUCUCCAUAAGUGAGACGCCCCUGCCAUCCUGCGCCCACAGCGGACCAUCCAGUGCCCCAUCUACCCCGCUCUCCACAGAAGCCCCGGACUUCCUCUCUGUGCCCAAAGACAGACCGCGAAAGAAAUCAGCGCCUGAGACACUCACGCUCCCCGACCCAGCGAGGAGAGACUCCAGUUAUUGGCUGCCGAACCUCUUCUCCUGGGGCUCCAGCUCCCGUCAGCCUGAAUGACCCACACAAGGAAGAGCCCAAGUUCAGUAAUGCAGCUGUCGGAAACGUGUCUGCAAGGCACACAUACACAGCAAGCCAGUCUCUGUUUAAAACUAGGAGAGAGACACAAACACACACGCAAAGUGGAUUUCCCACAUCACCAAGCUUAAACUCUACACAGAGUUCAGUCGAGAUCUUACCUACAGUUGAAAAAAAAAGCGCAUUCCAACUUUCCAAAAGCAACGUAGUCCACAGUUUACAAUAACUCAGGAGUUGUUCAGUUGUGUUAUGUUUUAAAAAAAAAUUAUUAUUUCUGUUUGUUAAGUAGUUUUGUUAUUUCAGAUGGAUUGACUGUGUGUGAGGUGGAAUAGACAAAAUAAAAACAAGCUUCUGCUUCUAAUGGAACAGAACCUGAUCCACUUUCUUAAUACAACAUUUCAGUGUUCUUUUGAGUAGAUGAGGGUGUUUGGGUUUUCAGUUUGGUUGAUUGACUGGAUUGGCACCACAGUCCAGUAAAAAGGUCACGGUGUUGCUGAGUAUUAUAAUAAAUGUACUACACUUCAUAAGAAUUGGACUGGAAAAAAAAAUAAUGCUCUAACUGAAAACCACUGAACCUACUGUUCUGUCUCAGUCUAUUGCUGGAUAUCUGGACUGCCAAGUUUUUGUAUAUACUGUAUCUUAUUACCAUCCUAAAUUGUCACCUAUUAUCCAUUAACACGUUACCAUUUAUGAUAAAGGGUAAUUGGGUAUAUUGUAUUUUACAUGCCAUUUCCAUCAGUAUGUAGUGCAUUGCAGUAUGUAAACAGAAAAUCAU